AUGGACGAUUUCAUCGAAUCAGUUGUGAUCACAGCAAAAGCCAUCAUUUUGAUUAUAAUUUCGACUUUUCGAAAUCUUCUUCCAAUGGGAGUUUUGCCGAGGAAAAAUGUUAGAGGUUGGUUGGAAAUUUUUGAAAAAAUUGGAACUAAACAUUUAGAAAUUUAAUUUUUUGAAGGCAAAAUUUCGAAUUUUGCUAAAAUCCAAAAUUUUCAUCUCAAAAAAAUCUUCCAAAUAAUACGUUUCAAAAUUUUGUGAAAUAAAUUCGAGCUUUUUGAGACUUUGGUUCAAUAUUUAAAAAAAAACUAAAUAUUCCAGACAAAUUUUCCAAUUCCUCCAUUUUUUCAGGUCAAACAGUGCUAAUCACCGGUUCGGGUUCCGGUUUGGGCCGUUUAAUGUCGUACGAGUUUGGAAAACUCGGAGCCAAGCUUAUUUUGUGGGAUGUGAAUGAGCAAGGAAAUUUGGAAACCGCCAAAAAUUUGGAAUCAAAAGGAGUUCAGGUAACUCAAUUUACUGAAUCCUAA